UGGCGCGCCGGCUGCGGGGUUCUUGCCCGGCUUAGCUAGCUGCUAACCGCCAUGUUCGCGCCCAGGAAGGUGGAGGGCGAGAUGGCGCUCGGCAGGCAGAGGACCGUGAGGUUUAAUGAGGAGAGGGGAAAGCCAGCGAUGCCUAUUCACCAGAAACAGGCGGCAUUCGCUGCCAGUAAACUCGGCGUCGCAAGCCCGGGCAAGAACAAGGUUUUCAUGGCAGGAGAUGCGCAGCACCACAAGAUUUUCGAUCCAUCGAGUGACUUCAUCUUGAUGUGGAACCGCAUUUUCCUUUGUUCCUGCUUUCUCGCUCUAUUCGUAGACCCCCUGUACUUCUAUGUCCCAAAAAUCGUCUACGGCACCGCCUAUUCCUGUGUCGGGACUGACAGGCAUUUAACCAUCAUCAUUACAUUCUUGCGAUCGAUUGCGGAUCUGCUAUAUGUGAUUCACAUUAUAAUGAAGUUCAGAACUGCAUUUGUUAAUCGGGGCUCAACUAUGCGGGUAUUUGGAAGAGGGGAUCUUGUCACGGAUCCUAAAGAGAUUGCAUGGAAAUAUUUGAGAUCUGACUUUGCAGUCGAUGUGGUGGCUGCAUUGCCUUUGCCACAGAUCAUAGUCUGGUAUGUGAUACCAGCUAUCAAAUAUUCCACCUCUGAGCACAACAAUAACAUGCUGGUGCUUAUAGUUCUUGCUCAGUAUCUCCCAAGAUUAUAUCUGAUAUUCCCUUUAACUUAUGAAAUUGUCAAAGCUACUGGAGUUGUUGCAAAGACUGCCUGGCUAGGGGCUGUAUACAACCUGCUACUCUACAUGAUAGCUAGUCAUGUACUAGGUGCACUAUAUUACUUGCUAUCUGUUGAUCGCCAAACAGCCUGCUGGAAAAUGAGUUGCAAGAAUGAAACUAGGUGUGAUAUUAGGUAUCUAGAUUGCGAGGUCACACCAAAUCAGCAAUGGGUUAGUACAACUGGCGUAUUCAGUAGCUGUAAUGCUAGUGAUACCAGCAUCGACUUCGACUAUGGCAUGUUCCUGCCUGCGUUAUCAAAUCUAGCCCCUGCUCAGGGUUUCUUGAUAAAGUUCUUCUAUUCCCUUUGGUGGGGUUUACAGAAUCUCAGUUGCUAUGGCCAAACUCUUUCUGUGAGCACCUACAUUGGUGAGACUUUGUACUGUAUAUUCUUGGCAGUACUGGGUCUUGUCUUGUUUGCGCAUUUAAUUGGAAAUGUGCAGACCUAUCUGCAAUCUAUCACCGCAAGGGUUGAGGAAUGGAGGUUAAAGCAGAGAGACACAGAGGAGUGGAUGAGACAUCGUCAACUUCCUCGUGAACUAAGCGAAAGAGUUAGACGAUUUAUCCAGUACAAGUGGCUUGCAACUCGAGGUGUGAAUGAAGAGUCUAUAUUGCAGGUUCUACCAGCCGAUCUACGACGUGACAUUAAACGCCACCUCUGCUUGGGUCUUGUUCGCCGGGUUCCAUUUUUCUCCCAGAUGGAUGACCAACUUCUAGAUGCUAUCUGUGAGCGUCUUGUAUCAUCACUGUGCACAAAGGGCACAUACAUUGUCCGUGAGGGCGAUCCGGUGAUUGAGAUGCUCUUCAUCAUUCGUGGAAAACUAGAGAGCUCCACAACAAAUGGUGGCCGCACAGGCUUCUUCAAUUCAACUACCCUGAAACCUGGUGACUUCUGCGGCGAGGAACUUCUUGGAUGGGCUCUCGUCCCAAAGCCUACAGCCAGUUUGCCAUCAUCCACUCGCACGGUGAAGGCGCUCGUCGAAGUGGAGGCCUUUUCGCUUCAGGCUGAGGACCUCAAGUUUGUGGCCAGCCAAUUUAGGCGGCUGCACAGCAAGAAGUUGCAGCACACUUUCCGCUACUACUCGCACCACUGGAGAACGUGGGGCGCGUGCUUCAUCCAAGCUGCUUGGCGGCGGUACAGGCGGAGGAAGAUGGCGAAGGACCUGAGCAUGAGGGAGUCAUUCCCCUCCAUGAGAUCCGAUGACUCCGAUGGUGAAGAGGAUCCUCCGCCGAAGAAGAAUGUCUCUCUGAAGAUGAUGGCAGGGAAAAUCAUGGCUGGGAACAGGAAAGGGCUUCAGGCCAUUAAGGAGCUGCCUACACUGAAGAAGCCGGAUGAGCCAGACUUCUCAGCUGAACCUUAUGACUAAGGUAAUGUCCUCGGCCUUUGAUGCGAGAACGCUAAUUAACACUGAAUCCGAAGCAUGGUGAGGCACCUGACUAAGGAAGGCUUUGACGGUUUAAGUUACGUAGAUAUUUAGUGGGCGCUACGCUGUACAUUUAGAUAUACUUGUGUAUGUUAUUACAUUCUGGGUAACUCCGAACAGGACACCGUUACACUUUGGACUCUAGAGCAAGAGGGUUG